CUCUAGGGUUUCUCCCAUCCGAAUAAAAUGCCCCUCCCAUUCCCCACUCCGUCGCCUCCCUGUCGCAUCCCAAGAGCAGCAGCCGCCGCCGCCGCUGCUUCUGUUCUCCCCCGCCGCAGCCAGCGAAAAUGGUGUUCGUCAAGACCCAGAAGACCAGGGCGUACUCCAAGCGCUUCCAAGUCAAGUUCAAGCGGAGGAGACAGGGAAAGACUGAUUACAGGGCCAGGCUGAGGCUCACCAACCAAGACAAGAACAAGUACAACACACCCAAGUACCGCUUUGUCGUGCGAUUCACCAACAAAGAUGUCACUGCCCAAAUCGUGUACGCUACCAUUGCUGGUGAUAUCGUGAUGGCUGCUGCCUAUUCCCAUGAGCUGCCUCGGUAUGGCCUGACAGUCGGUCUCACCAACUAUGCUGCAGCAUACUGCACUGGCCUCCUUUUGGCUCGUCGCAUUCUCAAGUACCGUGAGUUGGAUCAGGAAUAUGAGGGCAAUGUUGAGGCAACUGGUGAGGACUACUCUGUUGAGCCAUCUGAUGAGAGGAGGCCUUUCCGUGCUCUACUUGAUGUUGGCCUUAUCAGGACCACUACUGGAAACCGUGUCUUCGGCGCCCUCAAGGGAGCUUUGGAUGGUGGUCUGGACAUUCCCCACAGUGACAAAAGGUUUGCUGGUUUCAAGAAGGAUGAGAAGCAGCUUGAUGCUGAGGUUCACCGCAAGUACAUCUAUGGAGGCCAUGUAGCAGACUACAUGAGAUCUCUCGCCGAUGAGGAACCAGAGAAGUUCCAGAGCCACUUCAGUGAGUACAUCAAGAAGGGUAUUUCGGCUGAUGACAUGGAGGCGCUGUACAAGAAGGUUCAUGCUGCCAUUCGUGCUGAUCCUAGCAUGGCCAAAUCAACCAAGGAACCACCAAAGACACACAAGAGAUACAAUCUCAAGAAGCUGACCUACGACGAGAGGAAGGCCAGUCUGGUACAAAGGCUGAAUGCCCUCAACGCCUCUGCAGGUGCUGAUGUCGAUGAUGAUGAGGAUGACGAGUGAAGAGUGUAGUCUCUUAGUAGUUCUAUCUUUAUGCUUUGAGCCAAACUUGCUCCAUGUCAUUCACCCCUUGUUGAAGUUGGUCACUGUGCAAGAUGAACCUGUUUCUUUCAGUUUUGAGGAUCAUGCUGGAGCUAUAGAUUAUCUUAAUUAUAUGACGAUCUGCUGGUUUUAUGAUGUCUCUGAGUUUGUUGAUCUA